UUUUCAAUAAGUCAAAAUUUAGAGAGCGUACGAUCUAUGAUUUACUAAAUGGGCAAUGAAAAAGCUUGCUUAUAUUUAAGCUAAAUAAUUUGUAUAGAAAUAAAUUUGUUGAUUGAUAAGUGAUGGAUGCAAAUACUACAAAGGAUCCUAUGCGUGUAGCAUUAAAAACACUUAUCCAGCAUUCAAAUGCAACUUUUACUGCUGACGAUGUACUACGGGAGUUUCGCACAACAAAAGAAAAACGGUCAAAUCGGAAAUUAUUGAAAAUUUUAGAGAUAAUUUCAAAAAACCAACCAAAAGCUGAAGAGCAUUUGCUGGAAGCUGCUAAAUUAUUGGAAAAAAAAGAUCCGUUCUAUUGUUUGUUGAAUUUUCUAAAUCACUAUUCUGAUACAAAUAUUAUGCAGGCAAUACGUAAAAAGGAUAUAUCUACUUCUACACCGUUGAUAAGUAAAAAAAUGUUUGAAACAGUUACUCCGGAUUGUGUAUCGGAGAUUAAGGAACGUGUAGUUCAAGCAGCUACUGGGUGCGUAACUAAAACAGUGCAGAAUAAUUCUAUAACUAAUGUAACUGGUGGACACUCUCCAACAACGCCAUUAUUUCCUUCAUGUAAUAAACAACAUGCAGAUGCGCCUUGGGAUUUCCGUACACUUGAUAAUCUACAGUUUCCUCAAAAUAAUAUAAAAGCAAUUCCUAUAAGCAGUCAAGAAACGCUGCUUUUGUACGAUCUUCUAUACUGUUUAACAGGUAUGCGUGGAUCCUAUAUAACCCCAAUAGAAUGUAUGACCGGUCGACAAGGAAUUAAAUUCAUUAUAUCUGAGCAAAUACACAAUUCAUUAAGAGAUAUCGCACAGGAAAUGCUACCCUUAGCUUCCUACUACACAUGUAUAGAGCAGUUCAUUCAAAGUGCAAGCUUUACGGAAUGUGGUCAGGUUUUACAAGCUUUUAGUGAAGCAUUGAACAGUUUAAUACACGAUUAUUAUUUGCUUUUGGCCCAACUGGAAGCGGAGUUGAAUGCUGGAAAUUUAACAGUACACAAAAUGUUGUUUUAUGUGCGACCCACCUUAAAUACAAUGGAAGUUUUGGCCGGUGUGGUAUCCGAUAUUCUAGAGAAUGAGUUACGUGGUGGUCAGGCGCUAACGCUUCUCUUUAACAAGAUCAGCACUUUAACUGGCGAUGAAGAGUCGCAAAAGUUUGUCAUUCAAUUAACACAUUUAGCGGCUGUACCAUACAUGGAAAUUCUGCAGCUGUGGGUACAAAAAGGCGUAAUUUGCGAUCCGCAGCAAGAGUUCUUGGUGGAAGACAAUGAGGUCAUACGUCGCGAAGAAUUGCCCGAACAUUAUUCCGCCGAUUACUGGGAGAAACGCUACACAAUACGCCGUGAACGCAUACCAUGUUUUCUAGAAAAAGUUUCAGAUAUUAUUUUACGUACGGGUAAAUACUUGAAUGUUAUCCGUCAGUGUGGCAAAAAAGUGACUCCUCCACAGUUGAUGAAUUUACAAUUUUCGCCCACAAAUCAAAAUCAUAUUGUUGUUAUACAAAACGCAUAUCGAUUCGCUUCGAAGAAUCUCUUAGAAGUGUUGCUUAAAGAAAACGAUCUAAUGGGGCACCUGAUGUCUGUAAAGCGCUAUCUACUGUUGCAUCAAGGCGAUUUCAUAACACAGUUCAUGGAUGCUUGCGAAGAUGAAUUGGCAAAGAAUGUAGAUAAGGUGUUGCCUAUGACAUUGGAGAACUUGCUUGGUCUUACAUUGCGUUUGUCUUCUGCUAAACAUGAUCCAUAUAAAGAUGACUUGCACUGUGAAUUGUUGACGUAUGACUUAGUGACCCAAAUGUCCAAAAUUAUGAAUAACGAAGAAGAAUACUGGCUGUCCCAUGAUCGACUGGACCUCAAUGGUUUGGAGUGUUUCGCUUUCAGAUACGAAGUGAAGUGGCCAGUCUCGUUGGUUUUGAAUCACAUAGCGAUUUCAAAGUACCAGAUGCUAUUCAGACAGUUAUUCUACUGCAAACACGUUGAGCGGCAGUUGUGCAAAAUAUGGAAGGAAAACUCAAUAGCCAAAAAGUUUUCGCCACAGGCAGCGGAGCUUUAUCGUUCCGCAUUUACUUUACGUCAGCGCAUGAUGAAUGCUGUUCAAAAUCUUGAGUAUUACAUGAUGGUAGAAGUUAUCGAGCCAAAUUGGCACAUUUUCAUACAAAAUAUGAAUAAGGUUGAAAACGUCGAUGAAGUGCUUUCAUUUCAUCAAGACUUUCUUGACUCCUGCUUGAAGAAUUGUAUGCUGACUGACACUACGUUGCUUAAUCGUUCCAUUUUCAAGCUCUGCAACAUUUGUUUGAAGUUCUGUGAAUUCAUACAGAAAUCCCAACGUUUCUUUCUUGAUGCUGAGCUUAAGUCUAUGGUCUGCGACAGCAAUGACGAGGAUAAUUCUGAUUCGGAUGUUGAUAUUUCGAGUCAGAAGCAGUCCGAGUCAUCGCUGGCACCGAACGAUACCUUUUCCGAACGCGUAAAGCGCUUUGACCUGGAAUUUACUGGCUUACUUAUUGGACUCUUGAAGCAAAUCAAUGAUGUGGCCUCGGAUAACCCAUCGGAUCGGUUUAUAAAUCUUGUGCAUCGCAUCAAUUUCAACUCGUUUUACAAUCAACAAAUGGAUAAGUUAUGUGCUAAGGAUUCGAUGCUGUAAUAAUUUAAAACUUGUCGUUGACGUCUUCUUGAACUAUACACUCUCACAAGAAAGUUCAUUCUGCUUACCGGUUGAAAAUAUAGUUUAUGUUUGUAAAUCUUUUAAUAAAACUUGGAAUUAAUCACCUUUUAA